GAGUUUAUAUUCGUGGUAAAAAUAAUAAAGCUUUUACUGAUGCAUAUGGUUUUAUUCCAACUGGGGGAACUAUUAAGUGGAUAACCAAAGGAAGGAGUUCUCAAAUUGAUUCCUGGGCAGUUGCUGAAUUUUCUUUUUGGCUCAGGA